AUGAAGGAAUAACAGAAGGAGAUUGAGUUAUUUCAACAAUAAUCUUUUUGGUAAAAAGAUCUCUAGAUGAUUAAAAACAAUCGCCAAAUAUAAGUAAGUGUAUCCUACUGCUGCCAAUCAGACGGAGACCAAAGCACACUUGGCUUGUCUAACAAUUUCUUCGUUAAUAUUAUAGCUAUAUUUAUUAGGGGGAUUCCAACUCAUGGGAGACUUUCUGGCUGGACCGUUACACAAAGAAUUCAAAGUAGUCAAUAUGA